CGUUGGAGGAGAUGUUUUGCUUUGACCGUUUAUCAUUUCACGUUAGCCAUUUCUGAUUAGCAACGCUGCAGAGUUAGCAUAGCAGGCAUCGUCAGUUGUGGACACAAUGGCACAGGCGGCUCAGGCAAACGUCUUUGACGCAAACAGCUCUCAGAUACAAGUGGAACACGAUAAAAGGCGUCGGCAGUUUGUUAUAAGGCUAAAUGGGUCCCACGAUCGAGCCGUUCUUCUGUAUGAGUAUGUUGGGAAGAAGACGGUGGACUUGCAACACACUGAAGUUCCAGAUGCUUACAGAGGUAGAGGAAUAGCAAAGCACCUGGCCAAGGCAGCCAUGGAUUUUGUGGUGGAAGAGGAUCUGAAAGCUCACUUGACCUGCUGGUACAUUCAGAAAUACGUCAAAGAGAAUCCUCAGCCUCAGUACUUUGAACAUAUUUAUCAAUGACCACAUAUGGCUCUGUCGGAGAGAUGGAGAAAGACACUCCCUGGGAAUAAAUACUGUGUGGCAUCAUG